GUUGUCUUUGACCUAGAUUGGGCUAACAGUAACAAACAAAGAAAUUUCACCACUAAUUUAAUAAUCAAGCAAGCUGUUCCCGAAAUACACGAAGAAGGUGACGAAGUUCGGGGUGGAAGUUUUAACAGGUAAAGCUUUGUCUUUUUGACUUGAAUUUAUCGAUAAAACCGGCGAAAAAGUUUUUUGUUUACAAAUGCAAGUUAAGCUUAAGUCUUGCGUUACUUUAUUUAGUUGACUUGUUCAUAAAUAAGCUUAAAACUAAAUUUAAUAAUCUUUUUUACAGAAUGAUUUUAAGCUGACAAAUUAAAAGAAUUCACAACUCCUUUUGAGGAAAUUUCCUCGCAAGAGCUAAACAAAUGCCUUCAAAAGUUUUAUUUGUCGGCAGAAAAAGCGACGACCGCGGCCGUUCGGUCAUUGUGCGCCAAAAUUGUGAUCGUUGUAGCAACAGUAAAUGCGUUAAAAAUCUUCAUUUUUGUGCUCAAUUAUCUCACUGUUUUAUUAUAUACUAAAACAAGUAUUCACCUCAGUGUCGGUGGCCACCACUAGCCUCCUCCACUUCGGUGAAUAAUUGUUAUUUAUUCUGGGACUUUGUUGUCGGAAAUGUUGGGGUGUUUCCUUUGAAAAUAUUCCUUACCCGGAAAAACUAACCUCGAAGAGCCAGGCAUAACCACUAAAAUUUUCCUGAGUUGAUGUGGUCUAAACUACGCUCAAAUUUUCAAGGUGUCGUCCCACGUAAGGGAAUGCGAGGAAUACAGGAAAGUCUUGGAUUCUGGAUUCCACGCCGGGGAUUCCGGAUUUCAGAUACUGAAUUCCAGUCUUUGUCAGUGGAACUUGGAUUCCAAAGCCCAGGAUUUUGGAUUCCACAAGCAAAAAUUUCCCUUUCAUGAAGCGAAGGAUACACUCGCUGACGCUGCUGGACUGAAUCGCCCCGGACUAAAGGAAAAGCCAUUGAUUCCGUCUCGCUUUGAUCAUGUUCACUAACACUUUAAGCGGUUACCCUCGUGCCCAGAGGUUUUCAAAUUUCACUCGCUCACUUUCCUCCUUCCGUUCCUGUCCUUCAGGUCAAGGGCACUUGAGUGACCGAAGAGUUUAGGUCGUUACUAGUUCCUUUCUAGUACUGUGUGGUAUCCUUGAAAACAUAAGUGCAGGCCGCAAUUAUGAGUGGAUUUACGUUGUACAAACUGCCCGCGGGACAGGCGCUUUUUGGGGAGGGGGGGGGGGGGGGGGGGGGGGGUAUCUCUCCUCCUCCCGCUCGUCGCUGUUGUGGGGGGGGUGGUGGGGGGGGGAUUUGGGGUGUUUGUUUGUGUGUUGUGUUUUGGUGGUGGUUUGGUGAUGGGAUUGGGGAGGAAAGAGUGUGGUGGGGUGUUGGGGGUGGGGGGGGGGGGUUGGGGGGGGGGGGGGGGGGGGGGGGGGGGGUGGGGGGGGGGGGGGGGGGGGGGGGGGCAGGGCGGUCAGGCGGGCUUUGGGGCGCGAGGGCGACCGCUGAUAAAAAGGCUAAACGGCUGGUGGAUUUUCAAUGACAAUAAAACGGACUGUUUGCGGAAAGUUCAAUCCGUUUCUUUGGUUUUACUUUCCAACCGAAUUUGAUAUUAAAAUCAAAGUUAGGCGGAAAUUUCCAUCUAAACGAUAAAGCUAAGCAUUAUCCAGGGCAUUAUCAUUCAUUACAAAGUCCCUGAGAUAAACGCUGUAAAAUUGUGUCAGGGCUAACAGUUCUCAAAAGCGACUCUAGUUACAGUCCGUUUUAAUGUUGACAAAAUGUUCCCGAACUGUUUGAAAGAAGGUUAAUUUUUAUAAUUCACUACGUGACCACUUCCCAAUGGCUUAUAAUUCAGUGGCUAACUUUCGUGACGAGACUGUCAAUGUCUUUAAACCGAAACCGAAAAAGUGCUUAAAAACCCCUUUUAAUUGGGCGAGCCAAUUGAAUCUUUUGACAUGCACUUCACAACUGUUAGAAAUCACACACACAAACAUCGAUCCUGUUCUCGGUUUGUAUCCCAACUUAGGUAAGUAAUUCCGCUUUUUUUUUCGAUUUACAAUAACGAUAUAUAUAUAAAACUGAGAUUUUUCUUCUCUGGAAUGCUGCCUGUGUGUCGUGUGUGAUUUUAAAUGCCUGGUUAAAUUCAAGGGGACUCGCCGAAGGCUCGUGUUUUUUCUGUAGCGGUUUCGAUCUCUAUAUCAGGAAAAAAACAAACUUACCUUUACGGCGGAAGUGCCAUAAGAUUGUAUUUUCACUGAGUAUUUUAGAAGUGUAUUGAAGCUCAUAAUUUUUUUUCAUGUCAUUUUUCAGUCUUGAAGAUCGCGAAUUCAUCAAGGACAAGUAUGUUAGUUUCAAUCAUUGAACAAAAAUUUCACUCGGCAAUAAAACAUUUUUUUUUAAAUAAACGAAACUGAAAUUUCCCCUUUUAAUAAUCUUGGCAAGCAUUAUCAUUACGUCAGAAUAAUAAAAUCGUGUACUCAUUAUAAAUCAACAAUCACUGCAGACAGUUUUAACACGAUCUAACGAAACUCGAUUUGUAGGGAGCAAAAGUUUAUGCCAAUGUUAAUUUAGCUUUCACUGGUUUGAGAAGGAUUAGGUCACGUAAUGGCACGGCGGAAUCGGUACUAUUUUUGAAACAAUUUUUUGAUUAAUGCAAAUUGCCUCCUGUUUUACGUAAUGUCGCAAAGUUCUGAAGCUGUAACUUCCUUCUCUUUGUCAAAACCGGAAUCGUCCAUAUCCCUGCCUGCUAUAUCGCCUCGGUCAAUCAAAGGUCGUCAAACGCCUUAAAAAAUUAACAGUCUUCAAAUGGUUAAUUUCAUGAAUAAAAGACCCCCAUAAAAAGGUAAAGCUUUCGCUUUCUCGAAAACCCGUAGACCAUGUUGUGGCAGCGGACUUGGAUACUGAUUUUGAAUAAGGCUAAUGCUUAUUGUAUGUAUGAUACGGUCAAGGUCAGUUUCCUUUUGGUUUCACGUAAGAGAGAACUUCUUGUUUCACCCGCCAAUUAUAGAGCAUCCAGUCGUUCCCUUUAUCGAAAAGUAGCCACACCCCGUGCUAUUUUUAUCGAGCAAUCUUUCCUCUAGUAGUUUACCCAAUCCUUAAUUUUUUAACUUCAUAAAUAAAAGUAAGUCAGCUUAGCAUUCCCUUUUUUAUAAACCUCCUGGCAAACACUGUCAAUGAUUUUGUAUUAGGCUAUUGCAAUUAAAACAUGUUAAUGCAGCUUACACCUUUUCGGGAAACUGUAGGCUUCCUCAUGCUAGACUUUGAUUUUGAAUUGGGCUUACGUAAAUUGCCAGUUUCCUGUGUCUCGUUAAUACAAAGUUCCAAAGCUAUAACUUUCUCCCCUUUGUUGAAAACUGAGUGACCACAUCUCAACUUCUGUUUAUUGGCUCAUUUCUUAGAUACUCAGAGAAGAUGGCAGACCUCGGUACCGCACGACCUUUCUCUUCAGAAAAUCCACAAAAUUAUGGUCUAAGCCAAGCAUCCUAUAGCUGUCGAUGUUUGCGUUCGACAAUCCCAAUUUUCCUUAUCCUGGCUUGCGCUGGUUUUGUGGUGUUUGUGGCGGGAAUUACUUCACUGGUAGCCCACGGUCCAGAGAACGAAGGAGCCAUAUUAGCUGGCGUAGGCUGUUCCGUUUUCGCGUUUGGCAUGUUUUGCGUGGCGGUUGUUAAGAUAAAGCAAGUACGAUCGCUGAAAGGUGCUACUUGGCAGGAUGAUAGAACUGAAAUGGUUGUACCAGACAGUACCCUGCGAGCGUAUUCAGCUGGCAGUAUCUCUGCAUUCACAGGUUUAUACCCACACAGCCUGCUUAUACCCGAUGGCUACAGUCCUCCAAGAUACGAAGAUGUUAUUGGAUCUACCGAUCGCGCUCUCCAGCCUCGGAUCGAAACAGUUUCCCACCGGUCCAAAUCUGAAUCAGAUACACCAAAGGCAUUUGAUUUACCCCCUCCAUACGAAGAAGCAGUAUCUUUUUCAGGAGAGAGCCCAAUUAAUGUUGGUCAGUGCUAA